UCCGAAAUCUAUUUUCAUCUAUUUUAAUUGGAGAAAUAUACUACUUAAAUACACCUCGUGUUUGAAGUGGUUGUGUUCAUACUUUAAAAUAUAUGCUUUAUGGCGUUUAUUAGUUUGUACAGUGAAAUACUUUUGUGAUAUUUGUGUGUCGAAUCUGCUGUGCACGAUCGCAGUCAGCAGGGCAAAGAUGGCGCUCCCUACAAAACAGUAUGGGCUUAUCUUGCCCCAGAAGAAAGGAGGCUCAAAAAACCCAAUUCUGCCAAAACCUUCAGUUUUUGGAGAUGACUCAGAUGACGAAACGUCAGUUGGAGAGACUCUACAGAAAGAGGCUAAAAAGAAGAAGAUGAUGAAACAGACUCGUUUGGAGAUGCAGAAGGCCCUGGAGCAGGACAGCACCGUUUACGACUACGAUGCGGUCUACGAUGACAUGCAAAAGCAGAAACUCGAGAGCAGCAAGAAAGUCCUGACAGGAGCUGACAAAAGGCCUAAAUAUAUCCACCAAUUAAUGAAAGCGGUGGAGGAGCGAAAGAAAGAACAAGAGCGGAGAGAUGAGCGGAAGAUUCAGAAGGAAAGGGAGGCGGAGGGGGAGAAGUUUGCUGAUAAAGAGGCCUACGUAACCUCGGCCUACAAGAAGAAACUGGAGGAGCAGAAGGAGGAAGAGGAGAGAGAGAGAAGACAGGCAGAGAUAGAAGCUGCUCUGGACGUGAGAAAGCAGAAAGAUCUGAGCGGCUUCUAUCGGCACCUGCUGAAUCAGACUGUUGGAGAGGAGGAGAUCCCAGAUCGCUCAGCUAACAAAAAUCAACCUUCAGAAUCCUCAAAAGAAGCUGAGAGGACCUCGCUUGCUCCAUCCCCUCCAGCCCAGGAGAACAUCCCCAGCUCAGGCAGCGACUCUGAGGAGGACCAAAAGCCAAAGACUGGAUUUAAUAAACCAGGUGGAGCCUCAGCUCACUCAAAUCGUCAGUACAGGCAGAGGUCACCUUCAUCUGGGAGUGGAGAGGAGAAGGGACCAGAGAGGGACAGAGACAGACACAAGAAGAGCCACAGAGACAGAGGGAGAGACAGAGACAGAGACAGACACCAUGGGAGGGAAAGGGACGACAGACAUGGAGACAGAAGAAGUGACCGGGACAAACGGAAGGAUAGGGACAGAGACAGAGACAGAGGUAGAGAUGAUGACAGAAGCAGAGGCAGAAGGGAUUCAGAGAGAGAAGAAAGGCAUGGAAAGAGGGAAAGAAGUCCUAAAGAAAGGCACGGGAAGAGGGAGAGAAGUCCGAGAGAGAGGGAGCGGGAGAAAAAUGGCGAAAAGGAUAAAAGGAGGAAUUCAGAAGAAGACAAACGGAGAGAUAAAGAGGAGGAAGACAAGGAGAGGAAGAAAGAGCCAGAGAGGGAAAAUGCAGGAGCGAAUGAGGAAGAUGCUGAUGAUGUGGAAUCAGUCAGGCAGGGCUCAACGCAAAAAGAUGAUAAACAGGAAAAAGAGGGUGAGGAAGCAGAGGAAAAGGCAAACAAGUUUGCAAAGCGUAGCACCGAACAGACUGUGACUUCAGCACGAGAUCGCUACAUGGCCCGACAGAUGGCCCGCUCUGCAAAUAAGACCUACAUCGAGAAGGAGGAGGACUGACACCACACAUAACUCAAGAUCAUCUCUGCGUUUCACUUGACUUUCAUCUGAGUUCGUAAGAUUAGAAUAAGGUUGUAGUGGAGUUUUCACAAAAAAAAAAAAACAUUGAAAAAGAAACUUCAGUAAAACUCACCACUCGUGUUUUUGAACCAUCUAGUCUGCAGAUUUCAGCACAAUCUAAUCACAUUUUAUUUAACUUCCCAAAAUACUGUAGAAAUGAGUAAAUAUCCCUCCAAAAAGGAAAAAAAUCCCCUUCACAUUGUUGAAGAGUUUACAGGUUGAAAUAAACUCAGGUCAGUAAAAAAAUCAUUGGGUAAAAUCCAGUAAACGUGUAGUGCUUUUUACAACAGUUUUGUUUUAUUCUCCUUGGAUAAGAACGGUCACCAUUAGCUAUGAGAGAAGUUUAAGAUAUUUUACCAGGAUGCUGAAGCAGUUGGAUGGAUACUUUAGUAAGUUUCAGUUUGUUCUUUUUAUCUCUUCAGUGGGUGAUGAGUUCAUUAAAUUUCUGGUCCAACCUUC